AUGAGUUCUCAGGGUGAUGAUGGGAAUGCCGAGUACUUAGAUAUAUUUGAAAGCCUGGUUGAGGAUAUUGGAGAAUGUGCUCUUUCUAUGCAGCUCACCAACUUUGACGAUGUUAAUCUUCUGAAUGGGACGGCGGGAAAAUGCUCGCAGAGCUUUGUGAAUGCAGAACCUCAUGAUGAAAAGACAUGGCCGAAGGACAUUGAGUAUGAUGGGAAGAAGUACAUAUUUAUGCGCCCAGUGAGCGAUGAUUCACAGGCAUCAUUGAUCUUCAUUAGUGUUGAUUCUGAUGACCGAGGACGUAAAAGAGGAAUGUUGCUUACGCAGUUCUGUGAAAUCCUGAAGCUGAUAAUCACAUUUGACUACCAAAAUGCCAAUAAUGCAACAGCAAAGAUAUUUAAGGUUCUUGAGAACUAUACCUCUGAGGAGUAG